UGUCAUAUUUGACUGAUUGUCAUGUUGUGUUUUUUUUUACGGUGAAUGAAAGGGUGAAAUAAAAUUUUGUGUUGUGUUUGUGUGGAACUGAAAAUUUAAGUAGUAUAAUAAAAUGUCCAAAGGAGAAGUUUUAUACGUAAAGGGAAUGAACUUGUCUAAUCAGUCCGUAUCUGAAUAUGAUGAAGAAGAAGAGGAUGUUUGGGACGACAAGAAACUUAAUGAGGCCUAUGACAAAGCAGUAAACAUGGCCAAUGCAGAGAUUGCCAAAAGAAUUGCCAUGAGCACCAAUAAGAAGCAGAACACAGUUCCUUCAAGAGAGGUCAAGCUGCCAAAGGUGAAGAAAAGUGAAGGUCCAAGUAAAUCUAAGUCCUCUAAGAGUAACAAGGAGGCCACAUCAGCGUGGAAGGUGGGAAUGCCAUGUCGGGCUAUCUACGAAGGUGAUGGCACAGAAUAUGAAGCAUUUCUGCUACGCAUCAUCAAUGAUAAGGAAUGCAUAGUGCGAUUUUUGGGUUACGAGAAUUCAGAGAUAGUAUCACUAGACACACUAAAGCCGUCGCUCGGCAAGCGGGAGCGCGCGCAGCAGAUACAAGAGGCUCUGAGUGCUAACGAUGAGCUGUUGGAGGGCGAAGACAAGCCUAAAGUGGAACAGAUGGAGUGCGACAGCAACCGCGCCAACAGCGCUUCUAGUACAGACCGAUCUCACAAUAGAAAAAAGAAGUCUCCUAAAAAGAAAGACAACCGGAAGCAGGGGAAUCUGCCAUUUCCUUUCAUCCCAAACUUGAGUAUGCCUCUCCCGGAUAUGGAAAUGGACAUGCCAUUUCCGCCGCCCCCCGUGACCCUCCCUGGAGACAAGCCUCUGUCGGAGCGAAGCGCCGUGCACUCCAUGCUGCUGAGCUGGUACAUGAGCGGCUAUUACACGGGAAUGUAUCACGCGAUGACGAAGGCAAAGGAGUCAAACCGUAGCGACUGAAAGACUGGAUAGUUGGUUAGUUAAUUUCAGAUUUAUACUAUGUUUUUUUCUUACAAGUGUUGUGAAAAACGCCUUUCUAUCACGAAAUGUCCAGUAUUGGUAAAAUUUGGGAGGCAAAGACAAUAAAACAACGAUUACUUUGUUUUUUUUUUAUUAAGUCUCAUAAAACAUGAACUUACAAUAAAAAUAGAAAUGCUGUUAUCUGUUAAAAUAUAAAUAAAUUAUGCCUCCUGAUUUCUCUGUAAAAUAUCUAUGUACAAAAUAUACAUUUUGUUGUUCGAAUUGUAAAACGGACGAUUUGGUGGGCUUUUUAAAAGUUAGACCUAAUUUAAGUACAUGUAUACUUUUAACAUUCAAGCAUAUUUUUAUAUAAAAAGGUAAAACUUUACAAAUAAAGGAAAAUUUUAAAAU